AUGACUCCUAACAAAUCUAAAAUAUCAUAUGUCCAUGAUACCAUAGUUGAUCCAGUUACAGCUUUACCCCCAACACGCCUAGUUCAUUAUGAAUUGUUAAAUGUUGAAGACGACGAAGAUGUUGAACUCGUGUUUGAUGUUCAUAAACAGUGGUCACAACUCAGAUCUAUUGAGUUAUAUGUCACAUUUGAGGAUGGUAAUCCAUUAUACGAUCCCGACCCAUACCAACCCGAACCAUACUUUGACCAGGCCAAAACAUUUGAACCUGAACCAUCUCAACUUGAACCAUAUAUUCCACUAGGUGAUAUGGCCGAUUUUGAUCAACAAGAAAUAAGUGAAGAGAGUGAAGAAGAAACAUACUUUGAUGAAGACGAGGAGAAGAACAACGAAGGUGACAAUGACAAUGGUGACGAUCUAGAGCCAACAUAUGAUCCACCAUUCCAUAUGCGUAAUCUAAAUUUGGAUUAUGCUUACCAAUCCUCCGAAUUUGAUAUGCCAUCUAAUGAACCACCUCCAUUAGAUGCAUCUCUUGAGAUUGGAAUGAAGGAUUCGUUAAGUCAAAAAAGUAAGCAAUGGGUGAUUGGUCGUUUGAAAAGGCCCCACAAUUGCGCAAAUUCCUCUAUGUCACAAGAUCAUACCAAGCUCGACUCUAACAUCAUAUGCGAAAGCAUAAAGUCGCUUUUGAAAGUUGAUCCAUCAAUUAAAGUGAAGGUGAUCAUUGCACAUAUUCGGGAACGAUACAACUAUACAAUCACCUAUAGAAAGGCAUGGAUGGCAAAGAAAAAAGCUAUCGAAACGAUUUAUGGGAACUGGGAAAAGUCUUACAAUGACAUUCCAAGGUGGUUGUUGGCUAUGCAAAAAUUUCUUCCAAGAACUAUUGUGGAAAUGAAAUGGAUGAAACUUGGUUGUACGGAAAGAUAUGCAUUAAAUGAGCCAUCAUUCAAGUAUUACCACAAUGAAAUCAAGAUGGCAAAUCCAAAGGCUUUAAGAUGGAUCGGUAAUAUCCCCCCAGAACAAUGGACUAUGGCUUAUUCUCAAGGUCAACGAUGGGGACACAUGACAACAAACGUUUCCGAGUCCAUCAACGCAGUGCUCAAGGGUACACGCAAUCUCCCUAUUACUGCUUUGAUAUAA